ACCUUUUUCUGUUUUCUUUCCAUAUAAUCAUGAAAAUCUCUGCUGGGAGUUGUGAUUUUCAACCAUAAUUUUAGAUUAUUAAGUUUUGGGCUUGGGGAAAUUAUUUUGAUUAUAUUCUUAGUUCUAAGGUGGGGUGUUAAUUAAUCAUCCCCAACUUUUUCUGAUGUUCAGCUCAGCCCCCCACUUAAAUUCAAUUUUUUUUGCUGUCUUUUUAAAGAUCUUUCCCUCAUUUAUUUUUUUUGGGCUACUGAAAGUAGUACUGCUCCUUUCCUUUUCCCAUUUUUUUCCUUUCCACCAUCUGAUAAAGGAUAAUGGACCCGAAGUAAAAGUUAACAUAUUUGUUUGUAUCAUACCACUGCUGUUGUAAUCCUUCUCAAAGUGGUAUUGGAGUGGUUAAACAACCGAUGGAAGGUUCAAAGCCUCCUCCUCCUCCUCCUCCUCCUAUGUUGGAGAGAAGGGCAAGGCCUCAAAAGGAUCAAGCUUUGAACUGCCCAAGGUGCAAUUCAACAAACACCAAAUUCUGCUACUACAACAACUAUAGCCUCUCUCAGCCAAGGUACUUUUGCAAGACAUGUAGAAGGUAUUGGACUGAGGGUGGUUCUCUCAGAAAUGUUCCUGUGGGUGGUGGCUCUAGAAAGAACAAGAGAUCAACCCCGCCAGCACCACCAUCAGCACCAGCACCAACAAAGAAGCUUUCUGAUCUCGCAACACCAAAUUUCCCUCAAUCUGCUUCUCAGGACCCUAAGAUCCACCAAGGCCAAGACCUUAACCUAGCAUAUCCACCAGCUGAGGACUACAGCACUGUCUCCAAGUUCAUUGAGGUUCCUUACAGCACUGAAUUAGACAAGGGUACUACUGGUCUUCAUCAAAACCCUACUUCCUCAUCAACAACAACAUCUGCAUCUUCUCAGUUGUCUGCCAUGGAGCUUCUCAAGACUGGGAUUGCAGCUGCUUCCUCAAGGGGUUUGAACUCCUUCAUGCCAAUGUAUAAUUCAACCCAUGGGUUUCCCUUGCAGGACUUUAAGCCACCACAUGGCCUUAACUUCAGCCUUGAGGGGUUUGAAAAUGGUUAUGGGGGUCUUCAGGGGAUUCAAGAGGGUCCCACUGGUGGUGCAAGGAUCUUGUUUCCUACUGUGGAGGAUUUGAAGCAGCAAGUUCCAAGCACAAAUGAGUUUGAUCAGCAGAAUAGAAGUCAAGAGGGUUCAGCUCACGGGUAUUGGAAUGGCAUGUUAGGUGGAGGAUCAUGGUAGAUAUUAUUAGUGAAGAAAAAAGAGAACAAGGGGUUGCUGUUUUAGCCUUUAUUUUUAUUUUAUUUUCUUAAUGGGGGGAGUGUGGUUGUGUUUGGAGUGUGUGAUCUGAACCACUAACAAAAAAUAGGAUACAUUGCUUCUUCUGUUUUGCUUCUCUUUAAUCCAUUUCAUUUUUUUUGGUCUUCUUUUCCUUUCCUUAGUAGUCCCACUUGAUUUUUA